AAACCAACCAGUGAGCAAUUAAAACAACAAAGAGUGUAACACUGUGGUGGUGGUGGUUUGUGGCGGUGAUUGCAUUGCACCUUGUGAUAGAAGCCAAAAUCAUAAAAAAGCAAAAAGCAAAAACCACAUCAUCGAUUCAGUAACAAUUUGCUUCACCUCAAAGCCUAAUUAAACCAUCCAGCUAUACAGUUAGUUGAAUCAUUUCAUGAUCCUUAUUUUCUGAUACUUCAGUGCCGCCAUUAAACGUUCUCACGAGAAAGCAAAAAGAAAAAGAAAAACCGCCACAACCAUGUUACUAUAAAGCCCAGCAAAGCGUUGUUUCCUUCUUCUUCAAGUUCCUAGAAUGGACAUUGCUUCUUCUUCCUGUUAUUCUCUGCUUUUCCUCUGUUUCCUUCAUCAAUCUGCACAAGCCUUAUUGGACCCCACCGAUUUCUUGGCCCUUCAAUCCAUUCGCAAGGCGCUUCACGAUGUACCAGGUUCCAGUUUCUUCUCUUCUUGGGACUUCACUGCUGAUCCUUGCAACUUCCCCGGCGUUCUCUGUGAUUCUGAUAAGGUCAUCGCACUCAGCCUCGGCGAACCGCGAGCUGGUUCGCCGGGUCUCACCGGGAAACUAGACAAUGCUGUCGGAAAGUUGUCUUCCCUCGCUGAAUUCACUGUUGUUCCCGGCAGGAUUUAUGGUCAUCUUCCACAGUCUCUCUCCCAGCUGAAGAAUCUACGGUUUCUUGGCGUCAGCCGGAAUUUCAUCUCCGGUGAGAUUCCGGCUGGGUUAGGCCAGCUCCGAAGCCUUAGAACAAUCGAUCUCAGCUACAACCAGCUCGCCGGAGCUAUUCCUCGGUCGAUCGGAGCCUUGUCGGAGCUGACCAACUUGGCACUCAGCCACAAUCACCUCUCCGGUUCGGUUCCCUCAUUCUGCUUGGCUCAGUCAUUAACCCGGCUCGACCUCAAGCACAACAUGUUGUCCGGUUCGCUUGCGCCCGAUUCUCUUCCUCCUUCCCUCCAAUACCUCUCACUUUCCUGGAACCGGUUCACUGGACCGGUGGACCGAGUGCUUACCCGACUCAAUAACCUCAACUAUUUGGACCUCAGCUUGAACUGGUUCACCGGCCCAAUUCCUGCUCAGCUCUUCUCUUUCCCACUAACAAGCCUUCAUUUAGAAAGGAAUCAAUUCACCGGUUCGGUCCAACCGUUGAACGAGGUAACGAUCCAGACCGUUGAUUUGAGCUAUAACCAGUUCUCGGGUGAAAUAUCCCCCAUGCUAGCUAGCGUGCAACACCUUUACCUAAACAACAACAAGUUCAUUGGUCAAGUUCCGGGUAGCUUCGUAGAGCGGUUAAUGACAGCAAGUAUUCAAAUAUUAUAUCUGCAACACAAUUACCUCACUGGAAUUGCGAUAAGCCCGACGGCAGAGAUUCCAAUGAGCAGCACCCUGUGUUUGCAGUAUAAUUGUAUGGUGCCGCCGCCACAGAUGACAUGCCCCGUCAAAGCGGGUAACCAGAAAAUCAGGCCGGCCCAGCAAUGCCACAACCAUUGAAGCCUCGUUUCAUACAUAUAUCACACAAUUUUAUCACCAUAUGUUAAAACUAUAUAUUAUAGAGCUUUUGUUUUCUUUCUUGUGUAUUCAAUUAUUCUUUUAGACUUUUUGACCCGUUAUCACUAUAAAUAUUAUUAUCGAUUAUUUAA